GAAUGUGUGCUCUGCCCUUGUUAGAAUGUCCACUUCCAAUAAUAAAAAUAUAGACUUGAUUUUCAAGCAUAGAGCUGCGCAGAUAAAACUUUCACUCAUCCUCCUCCUCGAAAUCUCCACAACUUUAUUAAAUUCGAUUUUAUAAAUGUCCACUAAGGUGAAAAAUUAGAGUCGUAAACAGAAUUUAAAAAAAAAAAAAUUUAAACGAAAAAUGUUUCGAUUUCUCUUGCUUCUUAUUCUGGUUCAGUUGGUCUGCCAAGGAAAAUUCGCUGCAGCCAAGGAACAAAACCAUUUUAUUCUUGUUCAUGGGCUUGGCCAUGGGGCUUGGUGUUGGUACAAGAUCAUUCCACGCCUGGAAUCCGCAGGCCACCAGGUCACGGCUCUUGACCUUGCGGCUUCAGGCGUCAACAUGAAAUCCAUUGAAGAUGUUUACACCUUUGCUGACUACUCUAAGCCAUUGCUGGAUUUUCUGGCCACGCUUCCUCCACAUGAAAAGGUAAUUUUAGUAGGCCAUAGCUUGGGAGGGUUGAAUUUGGCCUUUGCCAUGGAGAAGUUCCCGCAAAAGAUCUCCAUCGCUGUUUUCUUUACAGCCUUUCUACCAGAUACUGUUCAUCAGCCGUCAUAUGUUUUGGAAGUAGAGAACAAAACGAGGAAACCAGAAGACGCUUGGUUGGACAGUAAAAUCACCUCCUAUGGAAGCCCUGAAAAGCCUUCAACUUCACUGCUUUUUGGUCCCAAGGAUUUGUCUUCCAAGCUCUACCAACUCUCCCCUAUAGAGGAUCUUGAGCUGGCUAAGACUUUGGUAAGGCCUGGAUCUAGCUUUAUUGAAGAUUUGUCUAAAGCAAAGAAAUUCACAGAGAGCAGAUAUGGAUCGGUUACGCGGGUUUUCAUUAUUUGCGACGAAGAUAAAGCAAUAAGAAGAGAAUUUCAGCAAUGGAUGAUUAAGAACAGUGGGACGAAAAACGUGAUGGAGAUUAGUGGAGCCGAUCAUAUGGCAAUGCUUUCGAAGCCACAACAAGUUUCAGAUUCGUUACUGAAGAUAGCAUAUCAUUUUGCUUGAACAUAUAGUCUAGGGGUUCUUGUUUUGAACUUCAGAAUCUGAUCCUCCAAGGGGAUCAAGCGCCUAUCAUUAUUGUAAGUAGUACAAACAAAUACAUAAGGUUGCCAUUAUGAUGCAUAUAUGCUUUAAUUGUUAUAAUAAAUUAGUGUCAGAUCCAAAAAAAAAAAAAUAAUAAUAAUUUGAGGUACACUACUUCAUAAUAACACGUUCUCUUUUUUAAAUUUAUGGUUUUGAA